UCUUGUCUACUUUUCAUUACUUCCUUUAUAAUAACCAAUAUCCACACCUAACACUGUGAUACCGUACUUCCCUUGCUAUAGUCCUCCAUCUUGAAUAUGCUUCCUCCAUCAGACUCCCUCCUCCACCACUAUAUCAAGCUUGGAGAAGUGACAGCCAACAUGCAAAACCAAAAGCCUCUGACCUCCCCUCCUCCUCCAUAUACCACAAACCAGCAACAAAACUCAGUCCCUGAAGACAUCUACCCCGACAAUGAAAUAGACACAAACAUCGACGAAGACACCUGGGACAACACGACCCCAACUCCGAUUACAAUUAACAUCGACGCAUCUAUCAGCGUGCGAGGCAAUAGCAACACAAUAAUCAUGACCUCCGGGUCUCCAUCUGCACCAACACCAUUGACAACAUCCUCUCCGACAUCAACAUCUAUGUUACAAGCAGCACAGAAACAUCGACAGAAUAGGAUAACCGAAAUGGCGACGUCGAUUAUCGCAGCGCUAAGAGAGUCACAAGAUUUAUCUUCCUCGGGGAUAGAUGGAAAAGGGCUGAUUGAGAUCAAUAUUAAUACGGGAAUGAAGGUUGAGGGGAGUAGGAAUGUGAUUUCCGUUGGGGCUGGUGGGGGUGCGUGUCGUAUACUGCCUAGAGCAAAGAGGAACGGGCCAAGUCAUAAUGAUGAUGAGGAUGAAUCGAGUCUGAAGAGAAAGAGGCGGACUCAAUCGGAGCCUGUGGAAAGUAUGCCUAAGAUGAAGAAAGAGUGCUCGCCAUCGUUGCGCGCGAAGUGAUCUGACAUAUCCGUUUUGCAUACUACCUUGAUACCACUACGCUGUCUCAUCUUCAAAAGGAUGAGAAGGCUACGAUGGCGCCCUUUGACCCAGAGUCCACUAUCCGUGGCGACUUGAUAUAUUGAUACCAGAAAGCUGCGGUUCUUUGAUCGAUACCACAUUGUCAUUUUCUAGUUUGGAAUGUAUCUACCUGGACGUUUCUUUACACUAAAUUAGUAGAAUUGCAUUAACAUGUCAAUAUCAACAAGUAACAACAUGCUAUGUUAUGCAUCUACUUUCCCUGGACAGGCCAAUUUUUAUUAGCAAUUCAUG